UCACAUUUUCUUCUCUUUGCGCGGCGAAGAUAGAGAGAAAAGAGUCUCGUCCGGUUCAAAAUUUUCAGAUAAGAGAACCAAAAAAACUGCGAGAGGGAGGGAGGAGAGAAAAUUCCCGCUCUCUCUUGCUUCCUCCGUAGGGUUUCCUUCACACUUCCACAGCAUUUCUCUCAAUUUUUCCCAAUAUUUGUUUCACCAAUUGAUUCGAAUUCCCUGUUUUCUCGCCGGUUUUAUGGACCUGGAUGAUUGGAGGAGUUUUCGUGCAGGUUUGCCGCGGUUUACUCUCAUUUUCACAUUUUUCAAACCUUGUUUUGCGCUACUCUUUUCUAGCUCUAUAUUCCGAGUGUAAUCGAGUGACGAGGAAAUGAUUUGAUUGUUUGUGGCAAUGCAGCGGUGUAAAACAUCUUCCUCCCCGUACAUAAUACAUUUGCCUAGUCUCAAUGGUAUGCUCAGUUGGAAAUGGGAGAAUGGCGGUGAUGACUAGGCUUCUGGCUGCUGGGAGUUUCUCGCGAACUAUUACAGAGGAAGUUGGUCAUCAGAAGUUAGCUUCUGAAUUUAUCUACAGAGAACUUCGUGAUGCAGAUGAAGCAAAUUUAAUUGAUGAAGAAGACAUGCACGUGUUUGGUUUGAAGCCUAUGGCUGAUCCCCUGAAUUUGGUAUGUUGCAAUAACUGUAAGAAGCCAGUAAAGGCCAGCCAAUAUAUCAUUCAUGAAGAACUUUGCAGGUCAUUAAGUUCUGAACAAGGAACUAUUAUGGAUCUCGAUGGUGGGAUGGGCCAUAGAAAAAACUCAAGGAAGGAGAAGAAAAAGUUACUGCCUGCUGAUGCUAAUAUAUCAGCUGUGGAGAAAGAAGGAUCUGAAUCAACAUAUGCAGAUUAUUCUGCUGCCCCAGCAUUUCCAAUUAAUAACCAAUUUGAAAUGGUCAAGUUGACAAAAAGAAAUUCAACUUGUAAUGCGUCACCUAUACUGGAUGGUGGUACAGGAGUCUGUCCUGAUUCAGCUAGUUUGAUGCAUCCUUCCACCAAGCGGUCCAAAUUGAUAACUGGUGAAGGGCUGUUACUGGCAUCUGCUUUAGAACCAUCGUCAACUAAAACAAAAAUUAGAAAUGUUCCGUUACCCCUUGCAAGUAAAAUAUAUUACUCUCAAAGAAAUAAUCGUUUGCGCUCGGCACUUGGUUAUCUUUACUGGGAGGCUGUUGCAUCUAGCAAGGAAAUUUGUAAGGAAAAUAUAAAUCAAUUUCACAAUUCUUCUCAGGAGGAGUCAUCUCAAGAACAAACUAAUGACAUUAUUGGAAAGAAGAUGGAUAGUCGGUCCUUAAUGUCUGCAUGGAAACCUGACCAUAAUCUGGCUCAAUGUUUGGACAUAUUCUCAUCUGGGAAAUGUUUGCCUGCUGGUAGUGCCUCAAAUAAGUUUGUUGGCAGCAGUGUUGCAUGGCCACAAAUUGCCGCAGUCGAAUUGACACAAAAAAAAUUAUCUACCUAGACGGUUUGACCAAACUAUUUUGAAGGAAAACCACUGGAGACUAGGCAACGGCCAAGCAGAAAUGUUCCUGUUGUAUAGGAGUCUUGGUGGCACUUUUUUUUGUAGGCACAGUCGUAUAUGUAGUUAACCCUGAACUUGAGGUUAGGACCAAGAAUCUGUAUUUUGAUAUUGGCAAUGAAAAUCAUUUAAAAUUGUCCAUUCUAUCACAUUGUACUUAGUUUCUUCUGUUCA